AUGUAUCCGAGAUUUGUACAAAAGAUGCUUGAUCAUGCUUAUCCGGAUCUUGUGAAAGAUGAAGAUAAUGAUCUAUUGGUUUUGAAUCACAUGGAUAAUGAGACGUUGAUCAGAUUAUCCAAGUAUCACAAACAUUGGCCAGAACCAAAGACAAAGACAAAAUUCUUUGGAUUUAUCAAAGAUGCUAACUACGAAGAUCCAGAUCCUGUCAAUCAUCUGAAAUGGAGGAAUGAUGAAGAGAUGAAAGAAAAGAGUGCUGCAGAUGAAUUAACAAAGUUAGCAGAAUUCAAGGAAACACGAAAUGAAUGGUUUACAAAAGAAGAAAAGAAGAAAAGGAGUAGAAUGAGAACUCCUAAAGCUCAAGCUGAAGAAGGUUCGUCUUCACAACCGCAGAAAAAGCGUAAGAAGAAAGUUGUCGAAACGUUGCGGGUCGAUGAACCAGAGGAAGAUGAAACAGAAGCUGAUGCUGAAAGAGAUCAAGAACAACUAUCUCCUGUAAUGGAACAGUUGAUGAGAGAUAUUAAUGUUACUGUGGAAGGUGGGGAAGCAGCUGGUGAGAAGGUAGGUGAUGAUAAAGAAAAGUGUUCUUCUGAUCCUGAAGAAAGUGAUAUUGAUGCUGAAGCUGAACGAUGGAUAAGAGAAAAUUAUGAUCCAAGAGAUAGAUUGAUAAAAAGGAAACGAAAGAAGAGUGCAGUCGAUGAUGAUGAAGCGUAUGUUCCAUCACCAGAACAUGUUCAGGAUGUACAGACACCACCUUUUGAGAAAUUACAAAAGAAAGUGGAAGAGGUGUUAGUUGAGAAAAAGAAGUUAGAAGAUCGUUUAGAAGAAGAAAAAGCUCGAAGAGAUGAACAGAAUGAAUACUUCAAGCUGAAAAACAAAGAGUUGGAAGCCAACAACGCUAUGAAAGAACAUGAAGCAUAUAUGAGGAAGAAAGUGUUAGAAAAUUUGAUUGGAAAGCCAAUCGAACAAAGAUUUGAAGAGAUCGAGCUUGAGGAAGUCAGACGUAAAGCUGAAAUAGAAGCUGAAAUGAAAAAUAAGGGUAAAGGUGUUUCAGUUGAAGGUGUUGUUGAAGUGACUGAAAGGGUAAUUGUUGUGUCUGAGCCAACAAUAGAUCCAAAAACGUCUAUUCUUAAUCCUUGUCCGAUAUCUUCAGUAUCUGAUGAUGUUUAUUCUGCUUUUGGUGAUGAUGAUGAUGACGGCAAUGAUGACGAUGAUCAAGGUACUACAGGCAUAAAAGUCACUGAAACGUCUAAUGAAGAAAAGAUUGAUGAAUAUCUUCAUGAUGAUACAAACGAAGAGCCUGAGAAUGCAAAUGGUGAGGGGGAGCAUGAUGAUGCAAAGAAUGUUGAUGAGAACAUUGAUCAUGUUACAAGAUUUAUUCUACGUCUUGAACAUGGAGUAGAGGAAGGUGAAAUUCUGCACACUUAUACUUUAGCUGAGAUCGUAAAGAUGACACAUGUUGAUGAAAAUGAAUUCAAGUUUGAUUUUGAAGAAGAGUUGAAUAAGUUUGACAUCAAUCAGCAGCCUGAAUACCAGUACAAAUACGUAGAAGAUGCUGAUAAUUACGACAGGGUUGAAGUAGAAGACUGGAGUGACGAAGAUCAGUCUGAGAACGUUCACGUUGAUACUUCUAGCUUUCCAACGCUUGCUGAAUUCUUCAGUCAAGCUAAUGAAGAUGUGUUGCGAAGGAAAGUUGCUGAGAGUGUAAAGAAUAAAAGCUUUAGUGAAAUGUCAAAAGAUGAACAGCGCGAAGAGCGUAAGAAAUGUUUGUUUGUGAAUAAGAUUGGGUACAAAGCUAAAGACAAAGAUCAAGCCUUGCAGUUUCAAAAAGUUGCAACAAUAUGUUUUCAGAAAGGAAUAAAUUCUGAAAAUGCAUGGUCGUCAAAGUGGAGAAAGGUUGAAAAAGAAGAGGCUCUGAAAGCUGAAAAGACAAGAAAGGAACAUGAGGAGAAAGACAAGAUUGCAAGAUAUACGGUUGUGCAAAGAUUAGCUGAAGAGGAAAAGAGAGCUGUUGAAGAGAAUGAAAAGCUCAGAAAGUUGUUGCUGAAGAAACCGAAGCAAAGAGAAGAGAAGUUCAAGUCUAUGUUAAGAAAGUUUUUGAAGACAUGCUGA